AGUCGUGGAUCAAUUCUUGGAUAAACUCAUUUCAUCUUAGACCAACCAUCCCAACACUUCUAACUUUAUCCCAAUCUAUAAUUUCACAUGAAUCACUCAGACACGCCGCAAGCGCUGGAAACUUCAGUGAUCUGAUGCUCAACAGGGUAAAUUGUUUGACCACUUCAAAGUGAUUCUGCCUUGAUUUCGAGGCUUGCAAAUAUAUCAAAAAUGGAUUUCCUUGCGACUGUAGGUGAUUUCAUUCAGCUUUCGUCGCGGAGUGCUUUGCUAUCUCUGCUGGUGUGUUUAACGCUCAUGUUCUGGCGGCGACCCGGUCGGUGUCAGUUACCGGGUCCGUUCCCAUGGCCGGUCAUCGGUAACGCCGCUCAGCUCGGUACCUGUCCUCACUUUUUCUUCACUCGGAUGGCCCAGAAAUACGGCGACGUGUUUCAGAUCAAACUUGGCAGCCGAGACGUGGUGGUUCUGAACGGAGACUCGAUUAAAGAGGCGCUUAUAAAAAAAGCCGUCGAUUUUGCCGGCAGACCCGACUUCGCUUCGUUCCGGUUCGUGUCCGGUGGGAAAAGUAUGGCAUUCGGUAACUACAGCCAGUGGUGGAAACUGCAUCGAAAGAUCGCCCAAAGCACCAUGAGAAAUUUCUCCACAGCCAACAUCCACACCAAACAAACGUUUGAGAAGCACAUCGUGUGCGAGAUCGGAGAGCUCAUCCGUUUGUUUCUGACUAAAACUCGCGAGCAGCAAUUCUUCGAACCGCAUCGGUAUUUGGUGGUGUCGGUGGCGAACACCAUGAGCGCCGUGUGCUUCGGGAACCGGUACUCGUUUGAUGAUGCGGAGUUCCAGCAGGUGGUGGGCAGAAAUGAUCAGUUUACCAAGACAGUCGGAGCUGGAAGCAUCGUGGAUGUGAUGCCCUGGCUGCAGUACUUCCCAAACCCCAUCAAAACUCUCUUUGCCCAGUUUAAAGCACUCAACACGGAGUUUUACGAGUUUAUUCAUUCCAAAGUGGUGGAGCACCGCAAGACUAUUUCAUUGAGCCUCGUCCGUGACAUGACUGACGCGUUCAUCGUAGCUCUGGAUAAAGGGCUGUCAGGGGGGCCGGGGGUCUUUCUGGAUAAGGAGUUCGUGCCAUCGACCAUGUCAGAUAUUUUUGGAGCCAGUCAAGACACUCUAUCUACAGCUCUACAGUGGAUCAUUCUGUUACUAGUCAGGUAUCCAGAAGUCCAGAAACGUCUUCAGGAGGAUGUAGACAGAGUGGUGCAUCGCAGUCGCCUUCCAACCAUUGCAGACCAACCUCAUCUUCCAUACUUCACAGCCUUCAUCUACGAAGUCAUGCGAUUCACCUCGUUCAUCCCCAUAACGAUCCCCCACAGCACAACCACGGACACUUCCAUCAAUGGUUAUGGCAUCCCCAAAGACACCAUCAUUUUCAUCAACCAAUGGUCUUUGAACCAUGACCCGACCAAAUGGGAUCAACCAGAGGUAUUCAACCCACAGCGCUUCUUGGACGAGGAUGGAGCGCUCAACAAAGACUUAACCACCAACGUGCUGAUCUUCUCUCUGGGGAAGCGCAGAUGCAUUGGAGAAGACCUGUCCAAGAUACAGCUCUUCCUCUUCACUUCCUUGCUGCUACAUCAGUGUAGCUUUACAGCAGAAAGUAUCCCCAGCAUGGACUAUGAGUAUGGGCUCACGAUUAAACCCAAAGCCUUUAAAGUGUCUGUCACACUCCGUGACAGCACAGAACUCCUGGACGGCUUGGUAGAAAUGUCUCGGACUCCUACAGAACAAAGACAAAGACCUCAAGUUUGAAGUGAAAUCAAAGCACACAACUUAAAUACUCUGGCAAAUGAAGGUUGG